CUGCGCUCCUCGGUGGCCUGUGCUGCGAUGGACACCGUCAUUUCUCUCUGCGUCCACCUGAAGAAAGACAUGGACGGCGAGGCAGAGAUGAUGGUCAAUGUUCUGCUGCUGAAGACUGCACAAGCGUCUGCCAGCAGCUUCAUUCAGCAGAAAGCCAGCUCAGCCCUGGAGGCCCUGGUGCAGAACUGCAGUGCAGCUCGAGUCCUUAACGUCCUCCUGACCACAGGAAUGAGCCACAGGAACGCCGCAGUGAGGGCCAGCACCGCUCAGCAGCUCCACCUACUGGCUGACAGGCUGGGAGCAGAUAAAGUCCUGAAGGGGCAGAGCUUCCUUACUGCUGUUGGUAAGAUUUGUCUGGACGCCUCCGCUGAAGUCAGGCCCCAUGGACAUGCCGUCCUGCGGGAACUUGUCCUCCACAAGGACUUUACCAAGAUGUGGAAGAAGACUAUAGGGGAAAAGGAUCGGUGCUCACUCAGGAAGAUCCUGAUAGAUAUGAUGAAGGGAUAGAAGUCUCCACAACAAGCACGCACACGAACUAAAAUAAAAUUCAAUUAAAUAGAGAUAUUUGCCCGUGGCUGCUGUCCUUGUAGCCAAAUUCAAGUUCAGGUCUGAGAGUUUGAGGGUCCUGUGCAGUAUCUUAGCAGUUCCUGGUACUGCCCUCUUCUGGGCAAUGAGCCACAUCUUUUCUUCGUUCAGCCUUUGGCGCCACCAAGA